CUGCCCGAGGUUUUUUGCCAGGAAAGCGGCAGCACGGAGACUGAAAUCCAGGCUGACUUGGAGCCCAGAACGCGUUUGCCAAUCCGAGCCUCUAAAGGGCAGCCUGUCUACACAAGAGAACAUUCCAUGGACUAACCUGGAAAUCAUCCAUGCGGCUGGCCCAGCCCCCCAGGCACGGAGGGCAGCAGGAGCCCUGGGCAGAUGCAGCUACCCACUUGGCCUCUGUAGGUCUGGGAUCUGGAAGCUGCAGCCAGCCUGGCUGGGGCCGGCGCUGGGCAGGAGCCGGAGCUCUGGUCUAGGCUGGAGGUGGAGGGAGGAAGUGCCCAGCAUGGUGAUGACAUCACAGCCCAGCCCUUGAAAGAUGAUCUGUUCCCGCUGCCACUCCAGCUCAGCUCCGGAGGCUCCUCGGAGGACUGGGGCCCUUGGGCAGCCCCGCUGGACCAGGGAGCUACGAAGUGCCCGCGUUUGUGCUCCGAACAAGUCAGCCUGGGCAGGCCGUUACUCACGUCCCCCUCUGAGUCCAAGUGUUCUCUGCCUGGAAGAGAUCCAUGAUCCAAUCUGUUCAUGAGGACGCCGUGCCCACCACUGCGUCUUUCAGCUGAGUCAAAGGGAUUCCUCGAUUUACUAUUUAUGGGGCAGAGGGGAGGGGACAAGCCGGAGAACACCUGGGAGAGCACGCCCUUCCUCUCCGGGACAACACGUGAAGCACCAGGCAAUGUGAAACCCAAAGACAAAAGUUCUCAAGGGCUGGGGAGGCUGGUGUUCCAAUCCCCAAAGGCCUGUCGGGGGCGGAGGGCGUGGAUUGCUCUGUUUGAGGGAGGGGUGUGCAGGAGGAGAAGCACACAUUACACAGGUGGUCACGUGUGAAUGGCCCCAGGUGAACGUGAAAAGAAAGAUUGAAAUUCUGAAGUCAACACAAGAAAUCAGACAGAGAUGUGGCAUGUCUCCAAUGGAGACGGGACGUCUCAACACGAGGCUGACCUCUGGGGAAGGUCUGAACACUCUAAAGAGAGAAUGUGGGGGGAAUUGAUCCCGAGUGGAAGCAGAGGAAAGGGAGAGUCAGUCCUGAGGGGGGCAGUGUUAGGAAGACAAAGGGGGAGCUGGGCCCAGCUGGGCCUCUAGGUCCUGUGUCAGGUGUGACCUGCUAUGGACAUGACCAGAUGGCCAUCUCAGCUGGGGCCAUAGAACACGAGCCCUAUAGCUCCCAGUCAAGCACUCCCCAGGCCACCUUCUAACGAUCCUGUGGCUUCUCAGAGCAGGUAUGGGCCAGGUGCCAUCCUGUUGGCUAGGGGCUACCUUGUGGGGGAAAUUAACAAGCAGCAUGUGGUGUGACACUUGAGUGUCUAGAGAGCUGGACCAUGAGAGACAGCAGCGCCCCAGGUGUGGGGCACUAAGUAAACAAGUUUUUUGUGCCUGCAGAAAUCGGGCCAAAGCCUGGACCAAGGGGACCACGUAGGGGAGGUCUUACUUUCAGAGGCUCUGCAGAGAAGCCUGCCAGUUUCCAUGGGUCAGAAAUUUAGGGUCCAGUGGGGAUGGCUUGUCUCUGUUCUGUGAUGUCUGGGGCCUCAGCUGGAAGACUCACAGGCCGAGGGAACAGAAUCUAACCGAAGGCUUCACUGGGGCCGGAGGCUCCAUGACCAAGGUGGCAAGUCGGUUCCUCUCCAUGGAGCCUGUCCAUGUGGCCGCUUGAGUGUCCUCACAACAUGGCGGCUAGCCUCCCCCUGAGUAAGCAACCCAAGAGGCCAAGGAGGGAGCUGCGAAGCCUCUUAUGCCUUAGUCUUGGAUGUCACACACUGUCACUGCCACCACGGGUGGGAAGCAAGUCACUAAGUCUGGCCACAUUCACUGGAAGAGGAAUUAGACUCCACCCUUUGAAAGGAGGAGUAUCGAAGAAUUUGUGGACAUAUUAAAACCGCCCUCCACUAGGAGGGCCUUUCUAGAGCGUAUUUCCAAUAGGGACAAAGCCUCACUUUCUCAGCACCCAUUGAAGACUGUCCUUAUCCCCUUAUUCAACCCCAUCACUUGCCACUUCCCACCUCCCCAUCCAACAUCUAGUCCACCUGCCAGAACACCAGCGGCUUCCCCACUUCUGUGCCUCUGCUCAAGCUGCUGCUUCUGCCUGAUCUGCCCUCCUUCCUUCUUGGCCCCUGCUGACGUGCUCUUCAUCCUCUGAGACCCAGCUCCAGAGUUACCUCCAACCUCCUCCCCCCACAUCUGUGUCCCUUGCCCCUCCUCCCACCCCUCGGCGCUCAUCGCUCAUCGCGCACACUGGGUGGCAGGUGUUGGGAGCUCGGGCAGGGCAGGAGAUGUGUGGUGUUCCCCUCUGGGUCCCUAGAGCCAAGGUGGAGCUCAGCACAGAGGAGAUGCCCAAGAAGCAUUUAAAGAUAAAUUGCAUCAAUGAAUGAGUUCAUCACACGCCUCCAGUCUGGCCCCUCCAAGCCAGCCAGCUGCUCCAGGACGUUUUCUGGGAAAUCCCAGAGACGAUCAGCAGAUUCUUUCCCAUGAUCUAUCGCUCAGCUCCUCCCCCACGAGCCUACCCAACAAUCAAUUGCCCAGGAAGAGCCCCUCCACCUCCACCUUCCUUCAUCCACCUCACGGAGCACUAGGAAAGUGCCCAAUUAGUCCUGCCCUUUGCAUUGUGCUUUUAGUUUUUCAAUGUGUCUUCAUACCUACUCUUUGAUUUAAACCUUGCAAGAGCCAUGCAAGGCAAGCCAGGGAGAGAGCAAGACUCUACGACAAUAAGGUGGAAGCUCAGAAAGGUCAAGCAAUUUACCCAAGACAGCACAGCUAGGGUUGGAGCCAACGUCUAUCGAAACCCCAUGCUUCUUUGCUGAAGUCGGAGAGGAACUCCCAGAAAGUGAACUGCCCCCUGGGCUGAGUCUCACUGCUGGUCUGAGUCUCAGAGUGAAAGAGGAGCCAGUGGGUUAAUGAUGGAAUCACCAACGUAAGAGCAAGAAUCUGCCAACAGUGGUGCUGGAGUUUGACAUUGGUUAUUUUAAUAAGUUCACAAAAAACAGGUAAUUAUUCAUGUUUAUUGAAUCAAGUACAGUGCUUGGGGCUUUCUGCACCUUGUCUCAGGUCCCCACCACAACCCUGAGAAGAUUUUGUUAUUCCCAUUUUACAAGGUAGAACAUUAAGGUUCAGAGAGGUUAAUUAACUUACGCAAGGUCACACAGCUAAUGAAUGAGCCAGGACUGAACCCAGAGGACUGUCUGGCUCCAAAGCCCCUUCCCCUCCCUUUUCAUCAAGCAACCUCCGCUCAUCAUCAAUGCUACGCUGAUGGAAGGUAUGGAAGCAUGAUGCUGCCCUCUGCCAGAAGGAGACAGGGAGUGGGCAGAUGGACUGUGGUCUCCGAGCCAGGUUGGAAUCUCCCUGUCUGACAUGAUAUCACUUUUCUCUUCUAAUAAAUUCCUCACCCAUGGCCAGGCCACAAGAGGCUGAAAGAGACCAGCGCCCUUAUGGAUGUGGGGGCCUGUGAUAAGGAAGGAAUAUGCUGUGUAUCCUCCCAUCAUGGAAGUUUCGAGGAGGUCCAGGGUCUAACACUCACACUUGUUAGUCUGGGUGACGGAUGCUGGUCAAGUACACAUCCCAGUGGAGCCUGGAGGCGAAGAACAAGAGCUCUCAGUUUAAGUCCAAGGAGCAGAGGCGCCUUUCUAAGCCCCUGGGGACACAGGUGUGCCUGAACCGCCUCUGAACACCGCACAGAAAGGGUCUGGGUUUCACCCCUGACUUUGCCUUCUGGAAGCAUCCCCCUCUCCUUCUGCAGCAGUUGUUUCUCCUUCCUCUUGUGACCGUGAGGUGUAACUGCCUCUUUUCCACUUUCUUGCAGCGCCAAAAUGUUCAACGUCACCUUGCAAGCCCUUGAACCUGCUCUCAACGGGACCCCUCCCCAGAGCAGCAGCUGCGUCCACUCCGACUGGUGGAGCUCGCUGAACACCAUCCAGCCCCCCUUCCUCUGGGUCCUCUUCAUACUGGCAGCUCUCGAGAACGCCUUCGUCCUCAGCGUCUUCUGCCUGCACAGGAGCAGCUGCACGGUGGCGGAGGUCUACCUGGGCAAUCUGGCCGCGGCCGACCUGCUCUUGGCCUGCGGGCUGCCCUUCUGGGCCAUCACCAUCGCCAACAACUUCGACUGGCUCUUUGGGGAAGUCCUCUGCCGCGUGGUGAACACCGUGCUCUACAUGAAUCUCUACAGCAGCAUCUGCUUCCUCAUGCUGGUGAGCAUUGACCGCUACCUGGCCCUGGUGAAGACCAUGUCCAUGGGCCGGAUGCGCGGGGUGCGCUGGGCCAGACUCUACAGCCUGGUGAUCUGGGGCUGCUCACUCUUCCUGAGCUUGCCCAUGCUGGUCUUCCGGACCAUGCGGGAGUACGGGGCCGAGGGCCACAACGUCACCGCCUGCAUCAUCAUCUACCCGUCCCGCAGCUGGGAGGUCUUCACCAACAGCCUCCUGAACUCCGUGGGCUUCCUGCUGCCCCUGAGCGUCAUCACCUUCUGCACCGUGCACAUCAUACGCGUGCUGCGCAACAACGAGAUGCAGAAGUUCAAGGAGAUCCAGACGGAGAGGAAAGCCACUGUGCUGGUCCUGGCCGUGCUGCUACUGUUCGUCGUCUGCUGGCUGCCCUUCCAGCUCAGCACCUUCCUGGACACGCUGCAGCGCCUCGACAUCCUCUCCAGCUGCUGGGACGAGCACGUGGUCGACGUCUUCACGCAGAUCGCGUCCUACGUGGCCUAUAGCAACAGCUGCCUCAACCCGCUGGUGUACGUGAUCGUGGGCAAGAGCUUCCGCAAGAAGUCGCGGGAGGUGUACGGGCGGCUGUGCCGGCAAGGGUGCUGCGGGGCAGAGCCCAGCCAGACGGAGACCUCCAUGGGCACACUGCGGACCUCCAUCUCAGUGGAACGCCAGAUUCACAAACUGUCGUAGUGGGUGGGAAGCAGCCAGUGAGCAGAUGUCACCAGGGCUACUAACGCGGGUGACGAUUAUUGGACAGUGAUUCUCAGGAUGUGACCCAGGAGGAAUGGAAGGAAUCCCAAGUGUGACCUUGGACAGUGAGCCGGUGUCUCCAGUAAAUUCCUUCCCGGCUCCAGUUGCAGAUAGCAAGGCUGUGAGGUUGGAGUGAUCUGGUACACAGCCAGGGGCUCCAGAAACACAAGAGUAUUAUUGUUCUUAUUUGCUGCCACCCCUAGACCAGUCUGCUGCUUCCCAGGAGUGGAGGGAGCCUGGGGGUAGGGACAGGAGUGACCGAGCUUCCCUCCCAUGUGGUGUCCCACCUUGCCCCAGCACGACAGCUCAGAUCUCCAGAAAUGCCACCCAGCUUUGGUGCAGCUGCUGAGUGCCCACGCAGGGCUCAGCUGAAGUUCUGCCUUGGGUUUCUUUAAUCCACUCAGCUAGGACUUUGGAGGAUGAUUUCUCAGGUUAAUGAAGGUUAAACUCUGAGAGCUCCAUGGUGUGAAUCCGGAGACCAGGAUUCUUUCAUUCCCCUCAUGGAAAGACAAUUGGUCUGUGCCAAAGAAGAACCCAAUAAGCACUUAUCCAGCACUUGCUGUAUACGCAGCCUUGAGCACUGUGGGUAAGAGAAGAAAAAGAAAGUACAGUCUCGGCCUUGAAGGAACUCGCAGACUCAUGUGGGGAUAAGUCAGCACCUGCAGCCGCGGUCAAGCAAGGCACUGUGGGCGGGGCAGGGCAGAGGGGUGAGGAGAGCCCGCCCCAGCUCAGCCUAUAACUGGCUGCACGUGGCUGUGUCCCUGUCUCGGUUUCCUCCUCUGUAACACGAGGCUGUUGGGGGAUUAAAGGAGCUAACAGGCAUAAAAGUACUUUGACAAAUGAAAGGUGCUAUAUAAAUGUGAGGCAUUAUUACGCCCACAGAACAGGAAUAAAUUUAUUAUAAGGAGAAAGACACAGGUUCAGCAAAAGGUCCGUAGAGGAGAAUCGGUAGCUAAUGGUGGGGUGUAAAGCACCCAUCAGUGUCUGACACAUCCUAAGUGCUCAAUAUGUUAGCUCUCUUCCACCACCUGUCCUUCCCAUCAACGUGCACACACACACACACACACGCGCGCGCGCGCACGCACGCGCGCGCGCGCGCACAAACACAAGCAUCUUCAGUGGAGGUGGCAGAACGCCCUCCCCAACCCGUAGAUCAAAAGCAACUGCAGAGGGGUCCGCGGCUCUGCCUCCUGUGGGCGGGGCAGGGGCGGGUCGUUGUGCCGAAGGGCGGGGUGGGCAGUGAUGGACGGGGCGGAAAGCCGGUACCAGGUGUCAGGCAGGAUGAAGCUGGACCAGCAUCCUUGGCCAGAGACUUAAGACACAGCCUUAGCCCCAAGCCCGAGGUUCUCCAGGCGGAAUUCGUUUCUUCUUUUUCUACAUGUUUUAUAAUCUGCCUUCUGUGGCCGGCCCACGUGGAGAUAACGGAGAACGCACCACCCAGGCGCCAACAUCAAGCCCUCAGAGCCAAGGCAGCGAGGCACGCUCAGUAGCAAUGGAGUUCGGGACGCGUAGUGCAGGCAGCGCCCUGGAAGCACUCACUCGAUCAGUAAAUGGGUGAUUUGUUAGCGGGCCGUCUCUGGAGAGCAUAGAACCUGUGGGGCCAGGAGGAUUUAGAUGGCAAAGAGCCCAUAAAUACUGCCCAAUCCAGCUCUGGAUUUUAAAAGAAAAAGAGUCACAGAAGAUUUCUUCCCCAUCUCAGCCUUUGUUUUCUGCUACGCAUACCCCUCUGCCCGAAUAAACAUACACACUUCAAGCUGGAGAAAGAAAACAGAAGAAAUAAGAAAUAGGAACCAUUUCGCAUUAGAACGAAGUAGGAACCAUUCAGUAUUAGAAUGAAGUUAAACCAUGUGCAUAUUGUGAGUGGGGUAACACACAAGGAGGCUGGGCUUUGGAAUGUGUACCACUCAUUCAUCAGUGGGUGUGUAUGGUCUGAAGGUCUCCUAUGAGCAGAGCCGCAUCACAGCCCUGGGCCCCUAAUGGUCAUUUAGGGUCGACCCGUGGGCUAAGGAGCAAUCGGUCUGUGGGAAGGGAGCUGCCCCGUGGGCUGUGUUGGUACCAUGAUACAGAACAUCUGUCCUGUGAAAGGUCCAAAGAGCUACUACAUUGUAAAGAGGGAGCAUUUCACAAACAAGGAGAAAUGAAUGAACGGCGUAAACAUGUGUUUUUUCCAGCGUAAUAAAGGGAUGAGGCAUU